GGCACGGCGAGGUGGCCGGGCUGUGGCGGGGCUGCAGCUGGGGACGACCGCGGCGAAGCCAGUGCCCCGGACCGGAGUCGUGAAAGUGUUCCCGUGUUCCAGCCCCGCCGGGCAGACACGGACCCUCCGGGAUACCGCGCAGGCCGCGUCUGAUGAGAAAUGGAAAUCUGGCUCACAGUCAUCCUUCCUGUUGUUGACAUCACCUGAAAACUCCGCUGGAAAUAUUUCCACUAGUUUGCUGCAAACAUCGCGCCCCCUCCCCCGAGAUCUCAACACCCUGAACCGUGCACAGACUUGCUGUUGUUGUCAACACUGGAAAGACUGAAGCUGGCAUCCCCACUGUCCUUCUCCAGAGGUUGCCUUGCAAGACACAGCUAUAAAAUGUUCAUCAGAAAAAACUGAACCGUAGAUCCUUAAGAGUCCAAUGGAUGGCAUAGCAAUAGCAUCACUGUCCAGGGAGCUGGAAUCCUUCCUCGCCUGCCUGCAUGCUGCUUGAACUGAUCCCAGGCCUUUGUUUUUGGACUGAAGAAACCUGAAAACCUUUCUCUCCUAAUUCAUGAGCCAGCAGGAUGUGGUCGCCGUGCUUUCAGAACGCCUGCUUGUAGCCGCCUACAAAGGCCAAGUGGAGAAUGUGGUGCAGCUUAUCAACAGGGGUGCCAAGGUAGCAGUUACCAAGCAUGGCCGGACCCCCCUGCAUCUUGCUGCCUACAAGGGUCAUCUCCACGUUGUCCAGGUUUUGUUGAAGGCAGGUUGUGAUCUGGAUAUUCAGGAUGAUGGUGACCAGACAGCACUGCACCGGGCUGCUGUAGUAGGGAACGCCGAUAUAAUAGCAACCCUGAUUCAGGAGGGCUGUGCUUUGGACAGACAGGACAAGGAUGGGAACACUGCUCUUCAUGAAGCUUGUUGGCAUGGAUUCAGUCAGUCUGCCAAAGUGCUUGUUAAAGCAGGAGCCAACGUUCUUGCCAAAAACAAGGCAGGUAACACACCUCUUCACCUGGCUUGCCAGAAUAGCCAUUCCCAGAGUACUCGUGUUUUGUUACUUGGAGGAUCUCGAGCAGACCUCAAAAAUAAUGCAGGAGAUACCUGUCUGCAUGUGGCUGCUCGUUAUAAUCACUUGCCCAUCAUUAGGGUGCUGCUCAGUGCUUUCUGUUCUGUCCAUGAAAAGAACCAGGCAGGGGAUACUGCACUCCAUGUAGCUGCUGCUCUAAAUCACAAGAAGGUGGUGAAGCUCUUGCUGGAGGCAGGGGCUGAUGCGUCCGUUGUCAACAAUGCAGGCCAGACCCCUCUAGAGGUUGCCAGACAGCACAAUAACCCCGAGGUUGCGCUCCUGCUCACUAAAGCAUCACAGGUCUCACGUUUUAACCGUGGGAGAAGCCUGAGGAAGAAGAGAGAGAGACUGAAGGAGGAAAGGAGGGCUCAGUCGGUGCCACGGGAUGAAGUGGUACAGAGCAAGCAGGGCAGUGUCUCAGCUGCUGAUGACACACCAAGCAGCGACCAGCCCCCAGAGAGGAAGAACAAUCUGAAGGAUAAACCUCGGUCAGCCUCACCAGAUCCUAAAGGGAAAAAGAGCAAAAAGAAAAAGCCAAAGGAAAAGGUUUCAGCACUCUCAGACCCCAUCUCCCCAGCUGAUCAGCAGACACUCCCUCAGGCCCAGAAGAACGUGCCUAAGCGCAGAAGUAAACACCACUGCUCCUCUCCACCCCCUCCGCACGAGGUCCGAGCCUACCAGCUCUACACACUCUACCGAGGGAAGGACGGGAAGGUGAUGCAGGCACCCAUAAAUGGAUGUCGUUGUGAGCCCCUGAUAAAUAAACUGGAGAAUCAGCUGGAGGCAACAGUGGAAGAGAUAAAAGCUGAGCUUGGGACAGUACAAGAUAAAAUGAAUAUUAAGCUGGGCCAGAUGGAAAGCAAAACUCAACAUCAGCUCCGAGUUUUGGACAAGCUGAUGGCUGAGCGACUGUCGGCAGAGAGGACAGAGUGCCUUCACCGCCUGCAGCAGCACACGGAGCUGGAAAAGAGCGAGGGGGAGAAGCGGCAGAUUUCCUUGGUUGAUGAGCUGAAGACCUGGUGCUUGUUGAAGAUUCAGAAUCUGGAGCUCAAGCUUUCUGGAGAUUCCAGGUCAUCAAGACCAAAAUCAACUUUGUCCACUUGUGAGUCUCUCACUGAGACCCUGGAUACUGACAACAACCCCAACAGUGCCAAAGACUGUAAAGUCAACCAGCCUGUGCUGCAGUCAGAGGGCUCCCACCAGCAUUCCUAUAUCACACUUCCAAAUAGCCUCUUGGAAGAUGGGGGAAGGAGCAGAGUCCAGAUGCCAGAACAAAGCUUUGGGCAACACUUUUGCAUUAAACAAGAUGGAGCAUUGGGUACAACCACGUCAGGUACAGAGCAACAGGUAGUGGCUGGUGGACCAGUUUCUUCUUCUGCCCCUGCUCAAGAUGUCAGGCCAAAGGACAAAGCUGUGAGUGCCAGCACAUUCCACAGGUUCCAGCAGGAGCUGCCCUCCUCCGAGCUUUCGGGCUCCAAAUUAAGACACGUUAAAGUUCAAGCUGCUUUGCAGCCAGUGACUGAACCUGCAAAGACUGAACCACAGAGUGGCUACUUCAUUGACAAAGGAACUCAGACAAAAAAGUCCAGCAAAAGUGGGCAGUCGAGGCACAAAGCUCUGCACCACGCCGGGGCACAGCAGGGCCAGGAGCAGCAGCCCUCGGCCCCGCCUGCCCCUCCGCUCAGAGACACCUCCCAGGCCCUGGAGAUAACCCAGUACUUCUUCGAGGCCGUUUCCACGCAGAUGGAGAAGUGGUACGAGCGGAAGAUAGAAGAAGCCCGGUGCCAAGCGAACCAGAGAGCGCAGCAGGACAAAGCUGCGCUCAAGGAGCACAUCAAAUGCUUAGAGGAGGAGCUGAGCAAAUUAAGGACUAAGGUGCAGAAAGAGAGCUAGCACCUGCCAGGCAGGUAAUCAAACAACAGGACUCAUUUGGGAGCCUGGUGUAUGGGAAUUUGGAAUAUUGAUAGAUAUUUGUAGUGCCUGUUUCAUCCAAACACAACACUCUAUUUCAGGAGUAGAAAUAACUUUGGAAACUCCAUAACUGAGGAGAGUUCAUAUGCAAACUAUAUUGAUAACAAAGAGAUGCUGCAGAUUAGAUCCUUUCUUUGUUAUUUCCAAGAGUCUGUCAAUUUUGCACUCUCAUUUCCAGAUGCUGCUUGAAACCAAACUGCAUUAGCAACCAAAACUGCUUUCUGAAAAGGGAAUUCCCUUACUUCCACACAGGACACAGACUAGAGGGUUCUACUGUAUGCCUAUAUGUAAACCUGUUGUGUUACCAGUACUGAAAUAAAUCCAGGGUGUUUGAAGGUUUUUGACAGAAUUACUGUGAUGAAGGGCUAUUGAUCCUAAUUUGGAUACUCCUGGGGCCUCUCUCUAGUCAGUGGAGAGAAGCUACAGAACCCACUCCAGGUACAAGCCCAGGGAGCUGACAGAUGCAGGCUUCCAGCUGGGAGAGGGCAGGCAACUGUGGAGGGAGAUGUUAAGGCGAAACAUUCCGUUAGGUACAGAAGCUUCAGCUACCACUUUGCUUUUCUCUUGGUUUUCCAUUAUUAAAACAAGUGCUAAAUCUGUCUUUUUUUUAAAUGGUGUCCUGCUUGCAGAGCUCCUUGUGAUUAC